AUGGAUUACGCGCACCACAAUCACAGUUCUGAGCAAUCCAGGCGAAAAAGACGGAAUGUCCUGCGCCGACGCAUGCGAAACAGAGUUCCUAUCUCUGCCCGUCUUUCUUUGGAUCAUCAGCUGCGGGGAAAUAUCGGCGUUGUCUCCGAUGAUCUGGUCGGCGACCUCUUCAGCAAGGACAAUCAAGAUGAUCUAGGGAUCUAUUAUGUGGCAAUUUCACCGUAUCUCCCAGGUUGCACCUCGAUGGAGGACCUGUCUUGGACCAUCAUUCCCGUGCGACCGCAGUCUAAGGAUCGCUCUUAUCAAUCGCCAAUUCCGCACUCCACUGUCCUUUUCCCCGACUCCGCCCUCUCCUUACAACCAUUCUUGGAGAAACUGAGCAAAUUAGAUCCCACUCGCCAUGCACUUCAGUCACAGCGUGCGAUUGAGAUACGGGUGUUGGAUGCCGUGCCUUUACCUCUGGAUACAGUCUUUGUGACGGUGGACCGGAACCUUCUUCGCAAUCAUGAUGAUGUGCAGACCAAAUUUGGUGGGGGCUUCAGUUCAAAUAAUGCCACAUCCAAUGGUGGGUGGGCCAAGGGUGGGAAGGCGAUCGAAGUCAGAAAAUAUACAAAGAAGGCGGCAGCGGAAGAUGAAGAGAGACUCACAGCGGCCGUGCGCGAGGCUCUGGGAGUGGUCAAGGUACUGCACACAGGUGACGUGCUGCCGCUUCCAUUACCACCGCACCCCAUUACCUAUGCUCCAUCACCACCUGCUCGUAUUGUGCUUUGCGAACCGGUCUCCCAGGGCUUACUCAUGCCCGCAACUAAAGUGGUCCUGAUUCAUGCGCGGCCUCAUGGCCACCGGAUGCAGAGAAGCCUACGAUCAGGUACUGGUCUUCUCAAACAAGUGGCGGAAGAUGAAGCCGAUGAUACCUCCAACGAGCAGUUUUACUCUGCGGCCGAAGACAGACCGAUCGAGAGCAGCACCGAGGUGGAAGGUAGCACUACUGCCGACGAGUCAGAAACGGAUGCAUCGGCGGGUAACAUGAGUGACACAUCUGACGAUUCUCUGGAGGACAUGAUUUCGCUGACCGCUCCGGAGCUUCCCCAGCCGGCAUCGGGCGUGAUGUCUGCCAUGACUGCUGCUACGCCACGUGCCGGAGGGCGUCGGCCGGAUGGUACUCAUACUCCUGGAUCGGUCGCAUCGAACUUCACUUCUGCUACCAUGCGACCCGGUCGGGCUGGCGGUGGCAAAGUCUUCAAGGCGGAAGGUCUCCUGCGUGAGGUACCUAGCGAUCUUUUGCAUCCUCGGCCGCGGGAAGACGAUGACGCUGAGUCCUUCAUCUUCGUGGAUAUCGGAACGCUCGCAAAGAUAGGCUGUUUCUCAGGUGAUUGGGUAAGGAUUGAGACUACGGAUGAGCCCCAGCACAAUCCUUUCGCCUCAAUCAAACUCGGGAGCUUCAGUGACCGCGAGGAGGACACGGGCGACUGGCGCGCGGUCAAAAUUUAUGGCCUGCCGGGCUUACAGGCUCCCAAGCCUAGAUACUCGAUUAACCAAACGGGAAACAGGCGCUCCAGUGUCUCUCAACUUCCUGCUGGGCGCAUGACCUCAGUUUUCGCUUCACCAUUGCUUCUGAACAAUCUCGACAACCCGAAGUAUCUACGCAUCUCUCCAAUGACUUACGCUUCCUUAAAUGGCGCGAAGCCCAACCUCCUCCACCAGGUGAAAUCCAGCUCGGCUCGGAGUCCGCCUUUGGCUAAGGAGGUUACACUGCUCAAAGUUUCAACUCCUUUGUCCAUGGACCGUGUCCUUCAGCCCGCUCUAUUCGCUGGUCUCAAACAAUACUUUGAGUCUCGGCGACGACUUGUGAAAGAUGGGGACCUUGUGGGUAUUAGCAUCGACGAAGGUCUCGGUAGAGCCGUCUUCCAAGGGGCUGCGACCAGCGACAGUAGCGCUCAAGAUGACGACCUGACUACGAGACUAGGACAGCUUUCCCACUUCAAUGAAGGCUCUAAAAAGGUUGGAGUUGCAUGGUUUCGUGUUGGCCAGGUCGUCCCGAGUAUACCGGAUGACCAGGAUGAGGCGGGCGACAAUCACUGGGGAGGAGUGGCCAUUAUUGACACCGCCACAACCCGAAUGGUACAAGCUGGUAGCGAUAUAAGCAGAGUUCCAGGGACGACAGACAAUGGCUGGGAAUAUUGGCUUGGGGUUAAAGCUGUACCCAGGGCCAUCACUCAAGGGCAAACGAGUCAUGGCCUGGUGAUUGACGUGCCGCAGUCAUUCAUCUCGCCUUUGCAGCAGCGCCUCCGAGAACUUAUUUCCGUUGCUACUAGUCCUCGUGCAAUCCAGCUUGGUAUGAAGCCGGUCGUCAUCCUCCUGAGAUCCCAACAGCGACACAUCGGCAAGGCCACUGUUGCAACCCGUGCGUGUGCUGAUAUUGGCCUUCAUACAUUCCCAAUUGAUGCAUAUGACAUUCUUACGGAAGGGGGCGCUAAUGGUGGUGAUGUCAAGACUGAAGCAUACUUGAAAGCAAGAGCCGAACGCGCCUUCCAUUGCGGACCGGACUGUACUGCUCUGCUUAUCAAACACAUUGAAGUUUUGACCGCAGAUCGCAUCGUGUCCGCCAUGACUGAAAUUGUGGCUGAUGCUCGGGUUGUGGUCGCCACUACGACGGACGUUGAACAAAUACCUGAGGGCCUUCGAAGUAUGUUCACCCAUGAAUUCGAGAUGUCUGCCCCAGAGGAGAAGGAACGCGAAGGCAUCCUUCGCAACGCUGUCUCCGAACGUGGUAUUCGACUCUCGCCUGAUGUUGACUUGGGAUCGGUGGCGCUGAAGACUGCUGCUCUGGUCGCUGGUGAUUUGGUUGACGUCGUUGAACGUGCUUCGGCUGCCAGAACCGCACGCCUGGAGCGACUGGCAGAAACGUCGAGCAAACAGUCGAACCAGAAGAUAACAAUUCAAGAUAUUUUUAUCUCUGGCGGCGACGCAGCACGAGGCGUCACAAAGCUUGAUUUCGAUGCUGCUGUGGAUGCUGCAAGGAAAAACUUUGCAGAUUCAAUUGGAGCCCCGAAAAUCCCGAAUGUCAGCUGGGAGGACGUCGGUGGCUUGUCUAAUGUCAAGGAGGCGCUUGUGGAGACCAUCCAGCUGCCUCUUGAACGGCCUGAAUUGUUCGCCAAGGGCAUGAAGAAACGCAGCGGUAUACUUUUCUAUGGACCACCUGGUACUGGAAAGACGCUUCUGGCGAAAGCCAUUGCUACCGAAUUCUCGUUGAACUUCUUCUCCGUCAAAGGUCCUGAGCUGCUGAAUAUGUACAUCGGUGAAUCUGAAGCCAAUGUACGACGUGUUUUUCAACGCGCCCGGGAUGCACGUCCCUGUGUUGUCUUCUUUGACGAACUGGACUCCGUGGCCCCCAAGAGAGGCAACCAAGGUGACAGUGGUGGCGUGAUGGAUCGCAUUGUGAGUCAACUUCUGGCUGAGUUGGACGGAAUGAACGGUGGCGAAGAAAACAGUGGUGGAGUUUUUGUCAUUGGCGCGACCAACCGGCCUGAUCUACUGGAUACGGCGCUUCUACGGCCAGGUCGCUUUGAUAAGAUGCUUUAUCUUGGUGUCUCAGACACACACGAGAAGCAGAGGACAAUUUUGGAGGCGCUAACUCGAAAAUUUGUCCUUUCUCCGAAUCUUUCCCUGGCCCGUGUUGCGGAUCGGCUCCCUCUCACUUACACAGGCGCCGACUUGUACGCCUUGUGUUCGGACUCAAUGCUGAAAGCUAUUACGCGCAAGGCGACGGCGGUGGACGAGAAGAUUAGGAACCUCCCAGGCGAGCCUGUCAGCACAGCAUACUUUUUCGACCACCUUGCUACACCAGAAGAUGUGGCGGUGGUGGUCACAGAAGACGACUUCCAGGAGGCCCAAGACGAGCUUGUUCCCAGUGUUAGUGCCAAGGAGCUUGAACAUUUCGAGAGGAUUCGACAGACCUUCGAAUCCGUCGACAAGCAGAAGCAGGAGUCGGUGAACGGGGCAUCAGGGCCAGCGCAGACAAUUCAAGAUGCCCUGCAUGCGCUGAACCUUGGUGGGCAACUGGAGUUCAGCAUGGGCGAGACCAUCACCAACGGAGAUCCUUCGUCCGCCUCAGUCAACAAAGAAAAGGGUAAGCAGGUUCAGUCUAUGAUUCGAACUGCGAGUGGCCAUUCAACCGGUAGCAAGGGCAAGGGAAAGAGUCCAGCGGGGCCCGGUGGAAAAUCCAAGAACAAGACUGUUAACAUCCCUAUCGGCGACUCCGAUUCUUCCCUUGACGGUCCCACAUCUGGGCUGCGAGCGGAUCGAAGAGAUUCGCGCGGAUACGACGAUGUUAGGGAGGAUGAAGAGGACCAUGUGGAAGACGGCAUCGCUCAAAGCGGCGAUGAGGACGACUACAUUGUGCGAACCGACCAUCUUGCUCCGACCGCUGGAUUAGGGGCCUGA